AUGCUGGCCGCCGAGAAAGUCAGCGACGCCAUCAACGGCACCGCAGACGGCGCCACCAAUGGAACCGUCAACGGCAGCGCCAACGGCAAGCACGCCGUUGUCGACCUCGCCAUCGCCACACAGCCCGCGGACCUGGCCGCGGUGCCGGAGCUCGCCAGGGCCAUAGCCGCGACGGCGGACUCGGUGACGGCCGAGGACCAAGAGUCCCGGUACGAGCUGCUGAUCAAGGCGCGGUCGCUGGUGCAGGCGCUCGAGACGCCGCGCGAGACCAUGAUCAAGCACUGCUGGGCGCAGACCUCGGCCAUCGGCGCGCUGACCUUUGGCAUCGACACGGGCCUGUGGGAGCUGAUGGCCCGCAACGGCGACAGGCCGCAGGGCGUCGCGGAGCUGGCCGGCCCCCUGGGCAUCGACCCGGCGCUGCUGGCCCGCGUCAUGCGCCACGUCGCCGCCAUGGGCUACCUCAAGGAGACGGGCAGGGACCAGUACCAGCCCACUGCGUUCAUCAAGGCCCUGACCAUUGACAUCAUCAACGCCGGCUAUUUUGCCGCCACGUCGGCGUCGGCUGCCGCCCAGUUGAGGUUCCACGACUAUGCAAAGAAGCACGGCCUCAAGAACCCGGACGACCCCAAGGACACGUCUUGCAACCACGCCUACAACACAAAGUUGAACUUUUUCGAGUAUCAGAUCGAGCUGGGCUACGGCAUGCACUUCAACCACCACAUGGCCGGCUACCGCCAAGGCCGGCUCCCCUGGAUGCACCCCAGCUUCUACCCGGUGCAGGAGCGGCUGGUGGCGGGCUUCGACGCAUCGACGGCCCUCCUGGUGGACAUCGGCGGCAGCAUCGGGCACGACAUUGCCGAGUUCCACCGGCACCACCCCACGGCGCCGGGGCAGCUGAUCCUGCAGGACCUGCCGGUGGUGAUCGAUGAGAUCGAGCCCGGUUCGCUGCCGGCGAGCGUCACGCCCAUGCGCUACGACUUCCUGACGGAGCAGCCGGUCAAGGGCGCGCGGGCCUACUACAUGCACAGCGUGCUGCACGACUGGCCGGACGAGGUGGCGGCGCAGAUCCUGGACCGCAUCAAGGCCGCCAUGACGCCCGGCUACAGCAGGCUGCUGAUCAACGAGAACGUCGUGCCCGACAGCGGCGCCUGGUGGGAGACCACCGCGCUGGACUUUAUGAUGAUGACGCUGUUUUGCGCAAAGGAGAGGACCGAGGCCGACUGGCGCAGCCUGCUCGAGGGCAACGGGCUCAAGAUUGUCAAGAUCUGGAGCGGUGGCAAGGGUGUUGAGAGCUUGAUUGAGUGUGAGCUGCCAUAG